AUGCCAACCCCUUGGCAAAUAUGCUGCGAUAAAAAGUCCAGAACUAAGAAUGCAAAAGCUGAAAUGGACAAUAUGGCAGAGACAAGUGAAAAAAUGCAGAUGAAGAAAGAAAUCACAUUACUAAAUGGAGUUUCUUUAAUUGUAGGGAACAUGAUUGGCUCUGGCAUAUUUGUAUCACCCAGGGGUGUUUUAAUGUACAGUGCUUCCUAUGGACUCUCGUUGGUCAUCUGGGCACUUGGUGGGAUUUUUUCCCUGUUUGGAGCUUUGUGUUAUGUUGAACUGGGAACAUCCAUCCUGAAAUCUGGAGGCAGUUAUGCCUAUAUUCUGGAAGCAUUUGGGGCUUUUGUGGCCUUCAUCAGACUCUGGUCUUCCUUGCUAAUUAUCGAACCAACAACUCAGGCAGUGAUAGCAAUCACAUUUGCUAACUACAUUGUCCAGCCAAUUUUUCCCCAUUGUGAGCCGCCCUAUGAUGCAGUCAGGUUGAUUGCAGCUGCAUGUAUAUGUUCCUUAACCUUUAUUAAUUGUGUUAAUGUAAAGUGGGGUACCCGUGUACAAGAUGUUUUCACAUAUGCGAAAGUUAUGGCUCUUAUCUUGGUGAUAUCUGUUGGCCUUUAUAAAAUUGGCAAAGGGGAAACGGAAAACCUGAGAGCUCCGUUCGAGGGCUCAGCCACCAACCCAGGGAUGAUCGCCCUGGCUCUCUACUCUGCCCUCUUUUCCUACUCAGGAUGGGACACACUCAACUAUGUCACUGAGGAAAUGCAGAAUCCUGAGAGGAACCUACCUCUCUCUAUUGCAAUUUCAAUGCCUAUUGUAGCUAUUAUUUACCUAUUGACUAAUAUAGCAUACUAUGUAGUGUUGGACAUGUCAGCUCUCCUCACAAGUGAUGCAGUGGCUGUGACAUUUGGAGGUGAAACCCUUAGUCAUGCCAAGUGGAUAAUUCCUAUAGCAGUGGCCAUGUCUUGCUAUAGUGGCUUAAACUCAUCAAUUAUUGCAGCAUCUCGACUUUUCUAUGUUGGAGCCAGGGAAGGACACCUCCCUGUUAGUCUGAGCUUGAUUCACAUAAAGUGCUUCACACCAGUCCCUGCUCUCCUGUUCAACGGCUUAAUGACUUUGCUUUAUCUCCUUGUGGAAGAUGUUUUCCUCCUUAUUAAUUACUACUGCUUCAACUACUGGCUCUUUGUGGGUCUAUCUAUUGCAGGACUAAUAUAUCUGAGAUACACUCAGCCACAUAGACCACGGCCUGUUAAACUUAGCCUCUUCUUCCCUAUAGUAUAUUGUUUGUGCUCCCUAUUCCUGGUUAUAGUGCCUCUCUACAGUGAUACAAUCAAUUCCCUUAUUGGCGUUGGUAUUGCCCUCUCAGGCAUUCCUGCAUAUUAUUUGGGAGUCCAUCUGCCAGUUGAAAAACGUCCUAAAUGUCUACUUUGGCUCUCUGCUACCACAACAAAGUAUGUUCAGAUGCUCUUCUACUGUGCUCUGUCAGACCUGGACAUAGAUGUGGAGCCCACAGCAGCUAAGAGUAAAUAG